AGGGAGGGAGAGAGCGGGAGAAAGGGGAGGAGGAGGAGGACCCAGGGUGGGAGGUGGCGGCGCGGGAGGAGGAGGGGCGCAGCCGCGUAGCCACUAGCCCGGCUUGCUCCGACGCGCUUCUCUCCAGAUACUCCGGGAGCUUCAGCCUCGCUGAUCGCGCGCCCCCGUCGCUCUGCCCCCAAACUUCAGCUGCAGCUCCAUUUCAAGCCAUCGAAUUCCUUCCGUAAAAUCAGAAACGGAACCGCGCCACGGGAAGGAUUCCGCGGAGGAGUAAAAGCACAGCCAAGCGAGAAGAGCUCCAGAGAGCAGCCUUCCCGGAGCACUAACUCCGUGUCAGGAGUGCAGAAACCAACAAGUGAGAAGGCGCCGCGAGCCCCGAGCGCAGCCGCGAGCGGCGGGAGCAGGCUCAGGAGCAGGAAGCGAGCGCCCCAGAAGCCGGAGCCGGAGCUCGGAACCCGAGCGGAGGUCGCUGCGGCUGCGGCGCUCUAGAUCCCUCUGCGCGGGCUGCGCCGAGCGCUGAGUAGGCGACUUCGUUUCACCCCGGUUGCAAGCGGUGGCUGGGAGCAGCCGGUCCCCGGGGAAUAUGCGGCGCGCCUGGAUCCUGCUUACCUUGGGCUUGGUGGCCUGUGUGUCAGCGGAGUCGAGAGCAGAGCUGACGUCUGAUAAAGACAUGUACCUUGACAACAGCUCCAUUGAAGAAGCUUCAGGAGUGUAUCCUAUUGAUGAUGACGACUACGCUUCUGCAUCUGGCUCAGGAGCUGAUGAGGAUGUAGAGAGUCCAGAGCUGCCAACAUCUCGGCCACUUCCAAAAAUACCAUUCACUAGUGCUGCUCCAAAAGUAGAAACCACAACACUGAAGACACAGAACAAGAUGCCUGCUCAAACGAAGUCACCUGAAGAAAUUGAUAAGGAGAAAGUUCACCUCUCAGACUCAGAAAGGAAAAUGGACCCUGCUGAAGAAGAUACCAAUGUGUACACUGAGAAACACUCGGACAAUCUGUUUAAACGAACAGAAGUUCUAGCCGCUGUCAUUGCUGGCGGAGUUAUCGGCUUUCUCUUUGCAAUUUUCCUUAUUCUGCUGUUGGUGUAUCGCAUGAGAAAGAAGGAUGAAGGAAGCUAUGACCUUGGAGAACGGAAACCAUCUAGCGCUGCUUAUCAGAAGGCACCUACUAAGGAGUUUUAUGCAUAAAGCUCCCACUUCGUGUCUCUAUUUAUGAGAUCACUGAACUUUUCAAAAUAAAGCUUUUGCAUAGAAUAAUGAAGAUCUUUGUUUUUCGUUUUUCAUUAAAGAGCCAGUCUGGCACUUUAAUGAUAAAAUCCCAUUGUAUUUAAAACUUUUCAUGUAUUUCUUUAGAACAACAUCAAAUUAAAAUUUAACGGCUGCAGUGUUCUGUGAAUAGCAGUGGCAAAAUAUUAUGUUAUGAAAACCCUCAAUGUUCAUGGAAUUGGUUUAAACUUUUAUGCGCAAAUACGAAAUGAUUGCUUUUUAUCCUUCGGUUUGAAGAUGAAGGCUGUUCACUUGUCAGCAUGUCUCUGACUGACCUUACCAAGUUGGUCUUACUUUGUUAAUUUAUCUGUUGUCCUCCUCUUCUCUGCCUUCCCUCUAUCCCCUUAAAAACAAAGCCAGACCUAUACCUUUUGUAGCUGUCAUGGUGCAAUUUGUCUUCGGAUAAUUCAGAUAAUGGUAAUUUAGUGUAUAUGUGAUUUUCAAAUAUGUAAACUUUAACCUCCACUUUGUAUAAAUUUUUAAGUGUCAGACUGUCCAUUUUACACUUGCUUUAUUUUUCAUUACCUGUAGCUUUGGGCAGAUUUGCAACAGCAAAUUAAUGUGUAAAAUUGGAUUAUUACUACAAAACUCUUUAGUCAUAUCUAUCUAAUCAGAUCUUCUUUUGGGAGGAUUUGAUGCAAGUUACUGACAAGCUCAGCAAACCCAAAGAUGCUAACAGUAUUUUAAGAAGUUGCUGCAGAUUCCUUUGGCCACUGUAUUUGUUAAUUUCUUGCAAUUCGAAGGUACGAGUAGGGGUUUAAAGAAAAAUCAGUUUUUGUUCUUAAAAAUGCAUUUAAGUUGUAAACGUCUUUUUAAGCCUUUGAAGUGCCUAUGAUUCUAUGUAACUCGUCACAGACUGGUGUUAAUGAGUAUAUAUAACAGUUUAAAAAAGUUGGUAUUUUAUAAGCACAGACAAUUCUAAUGGUAACUUUUGUAGUCUUAUGAAUAGACAUAAAUUGUAAUUUGGGAACAUAAAAACUACUGAAUAAAUCAUGUGGCCUAAUAUUGAAAA